GGCAUCUCCACUCACGAAAAUCAGCAUCAUUUCCACCCCAACUCUCAAAAAAAUAAAAAAAUAAAAAAUAAAAAAAGCAAAAACCCUAUAUAUAUAUAACCACUAAAUUAACAUUAUCAUCUCCUAUCGAUCUUAGGGUUACAUCGAUAUCUACCUUGCUAUAUAGCAGCUUGCAGCAGCUUCUACCAUGCUGUUCAGAUGCCUUUUCUCCUUCCUUCUCCUUUUACCAAUUAUCCUCAUCUCUUCCUCUGUCUCGUCUGAUCAGCAACAGAGAACACAACAGGUCCAAGCUCUUCUGAAUUGGAAGCUCACCUUAGAUCGCCCCUCCAAAUCUCUCCUCUCUUCCUGGACGGCAGCAGACAGUUCUAAUCCAUGCAGUUGGAUCGGCAUCGCCUGCGACCGCUCCGGCGGCAUCUCCGCCAUAAACCUUACAAACGCAGACCUCACAGGUACGCUCAAUCACUUCGACUUCUCUUUCUUUCCCACCUUAUCCUCCCUCGACCUCCACGGCAACAACCUGUUCAGAAAUAUUCCUCCUCGCAUCAGUAACCUCUCCCAGCUUGCCUUUCUCAAUCUGGGCUUCAACCAGUUCACUGGAAACAUUCCUGAAGAAGUGGGAAACAUGAGAAGCCUCCAAGUUCUGAGCUUGUCCAGAAACCUUCUCUCUGGCUCCAUACCCUUUGCAAUUGUUAAGUUAACAAAUCUUUCACUGCUGGUCCUCGGAAACAACCUCCUGGUCGGUCCCAUCCCCACCGACAUCGGAAAGAUCAAGUCCCUCGUCGAGCUUCGCUUGAAUUUGAACAAUCUAACGGGUUCGAUCCCGGCUUCUAUCGGCGACUUGAGCAGCCUCAAGGUUCUGUCGCUCUACGGAAACCAACUCUCCGGUCAUCUUCCUCAGGAAAUCAAUAAUCUAAGCAAUUUAACUUUGUUCUUCUUGUCCAACAAUAGCGUGUCUGGUUUCUUGCCGGAGAAAAUAUGCCAAGGUGGGAUUCUAGAAGAUUUCUGUGCCAGUAACAAUCUGUUUACUGGUACCGUUCCCAAAGGGUUGAAAAAUUGCACUAGCCUAACUAGGCUCCGCCUUGACAAAAACCAUCUGGUGGGAAAUGUAUCAGAAGAUUUUGGGAUAUACCCGAAUCUCGAUUACGUCGAUUUGAGUUAUAAUUCCUUUCAGGGCGAGGUUUCGUCGAACUGGGGGAAGUGUCAAGUUCUAACAAGCUUGAAAAUUUCGGAUAAUGGGAUUACGGGGACGAUUCCGCCAGAGCUCGGAGAAUCGACUCGUUUGCACGUAAUAGAUCUCUCUUCCAAUCGUCUUGUGGGUGAGAUUCCGAAGGAGUUGGGCAAUUUGAAGUCGCUGUUCAAUCUCACAUUGAGCAAUAACAGCCUAUCUGGUAAUAUUCCUACUGAGCUUGGGACACUGCCAGAUCUAGCUUACCUUGAUCUAGCAUCAAAUAGCUUGGACGGAACAAUACCCGACGAACUCGGGAACUGCUUGAAACUACUGUACUUGAAUCUGAGCAGAAACAAUCUCAGCGACGGCAUUCCCUUUCAAAUUGGCAAUUUGGAUUCUCUCCAAGUACUCCUAGAUCUCAGCCGAAACUCACUUUCGGGAGAAAUUCCAGAGAAAAUGGGAAAUUUAGAAAAAUUAGAAGUGCUAGAUCUCUCGCACAAUUUGCUCUCGGGCUCCAUCCCUUCCACCUUCAGCGAAAUGCAAAGCCUGAGGUGGGUUGAUAUAUCUUACAAUGAGUUAGAAGGUCCUCUUCCGGACAACAAUGCGUUUCGAGUCGGAUCAAUCCGAAACAACAAAGAUCUGUGCGGCAACAACAUCACAGGCCUGGCCUACUGCCCUUAUCCUGCGUUAACCAAUUCAUCAAACGGCGGCAACAAAAACUUCAUUCUAUUUCUGACUCCAAUCCUAGGCGUUUUGUUUAUUCUCUUCAUCUUAAUCUCAAUUUUCGUCUUCCUCAAGCGAAAACGAUUAAUCAGAAUAAGCUCCGCAAACACUCCAAAAGAGAUUAAUAAUCACUCUGGAAACUUGUUUGCGAUAUGGAGCUACGACGGGAAACUAGUGUACGACGACAUAAGGGAGGCGACGGAGGAGUUUGACGAGAAGUACUGCGUGGGGACGGGAGGAGUGGGGAGCGUGUACAGGGCGGCGCUGUCGACGGGGCAGGUUGUGGCGGUGAAGAAACUGCAUCGCGCUGUAGACGGCGUCGUGGACGAGAAGACGUUUGCGAGCGAGAUCCAGGCGCUGACGAAGAUCCGGCACCGGAACAUCGUGAGGCUGCACGGGUUUUGCUGGCACGCGCAGCAGGCGCUGCUGGUGUACGAGUACGUGGAGAGGGGGAGCCUGGGGAGAGUGUUGGGGAACGAAGCAGAGGCGAUGGAGUUCGACUGGAGGAAGAGGGUGAAGGUGGUGAAGGGGAUUGCGAACGCGUUGAAUUACAUGCACCAUGACUGCACGCCGCCCAUCAUUCACAGAGAUGUGUCCACCGGCAAUGUGCUGUUGGAUGGGAAUUAUGAGGCGAGGGUGUCGGAUUUUGGGACGGCUAGGGUUUUGAAGAUGGGCUCCACUACUUGGACGGAGGUUGCUGGGACUUACGGAUACAUUGCUCCAGAGCUUGCUUACACAAUGAGGGUGACGGAGAAGUGCGAUGUGUAUAGCUUUGGAGUGGUGACACUGCAAAUCAUUCUGGGAAGACAUCCGGCGCAGUUGCUCUCUUCUCUCUCCACAUCUUCAUCUCCAUCACCGCCGCCGUUGUCAUCUUCCACCACCUCGUCGUCGUCAUCAUCAGUGACACUUCCUGCUCUGCCGUCGACCGGACUAGGUAUGCCGGUGAAUGACAUGUUGGACAAGCGCCUCGAAACUCCAACACCGGAGCUGGCUGCAGAAAUAGCAUCAAUUAUGAAAUUGGCAUUUGCAUGCAUGCAUGCAAGUCCCAACUCCAGGCCAACCAUGCACCACGUCUCCCAAGAGCUAUCUGCCCCUAAACCCCCGCUGUCUGAUCCCUCUGCUCCAGAAUCCACUGUUACAUUGGGCCACUUACUCAAUUUCCAGACUUAGAGCGUAAGGUUUUGCCAGAAAUAACUCAUCUCUUAUCUUGUGCUUAUUAUUUGAAUUCGAGAUCUCUAAUGGACUAAAACUCUAACACAUGAGAUGCUACCUAUUGAGGAACCUUUUUCAAGUGGUGUAGUAAUGUCGAUUUUUUUUUUUUUUUGUGUAAUAUAAUGAGUAUUGGAUGGGAGGAAUUGAUACACAAUAUAGAACAAGAAUUACCCAUCA